AUGUUGUCCAAAUUCUGUCUGUGCCUUCUCGCCAGCGCAGCCGGUGCGUUGGGUGCGGCUCUCCAAACACACGAUCAAGGUCAAUUCGAUCCGUCGUCCUACUCGGCCAACAAUGUGGUCCAGACCGACUUUGCCAUUAUCGGUGGAGGAGCGGCGGGAUCCUAUGCUGCAAUCGCCUUAAAAGAUCAGAAUCAGACUUUCACUCUGGUCGAAAUCACGGACCGACUUGGUGGCAACACCAAUACCUUUCGCGAUCCUUCUACGGGAGCCGUCGUCGACUUUGGCGUGCAGAUCCAUCUCGAUACCCCGAUCGUGCGCAACUUCUUCUCGCGCUUGAAUAGUUCUCUGAGCCAUAUCCAGCUCAGCGAUUUCGGCUUGCCAAAAUACUUCGAUUUCACCCAGCGCGUAGCUCUUCCGGACUACGUCCGGGGCAACGUCGGUGCCGACUAUGUUGCCCUGCUCGACCAGUAUUCUUACCUCGCCGAUCUCAACAAUCUGCCGGCUCAGGUCCCGUCGGACCUGCUACUCAACUGGCCCGACUUCGCCCAGAAGGUCGGUCUCUCGGAGAACUCGACCACAGGCGGUCUUAACUGGCCAGCGACCCCGGGAGACGCGUUGACCACCUCCGCCCUCGCCAUCCUUAACGACGGCCACCGCACCAAAUUGGCCGAGUUCCAAGGUGACGGCGUCCGUGCCGCCAACCGUGACAACUCCCAGAUCUACCGCAACGCCCUAGCUGAAAUCCAGGCCAACGUCCUCCUCCAAUCCUCCAUCGUGGCCGCCAGACGCGGCUCAACUCCCGGCUCCGGCGUCCAACUCGUCGCCAACACACCCACCGGCAAUAAACUCAUCAGCGCCAAACAACUCAUCAUCGCGUUCCCAUACACGCCCGACCGAAUAAACGCCUUCGGCCUCGACUCGAGAGAACAGUCAAUCCUGUCCAAAAUCUCCGGCAAAUACUACUACGGUGGCGUCGUCAACAACACCAACCUCGAAGCCGGCGUAUCCUACCUCAACGCCGGCGCCAACACGCCCUAUAACACCGCCAGCGUUCCCGGCGUGGUCAGAUUCGCCCCCAGCGCUUCCCCCGGCUACUACUUCUACUGGUACAACACCGUCUCCCCCCUAACUCGGACCCAGAUCGAAUCCUUGACGCGCUCGACGAUCGGAUUCCUGGAGUCCCAAAUCAACGCGACUGCCUCGGAACCCACCUUUGUCGCCUUCAAAGACUUUUCCCCCUUCCAUCUCGCACCGAGUAACACUGACAUCGCCAAUGGAUGGUACACCCAGAUGAAAGGCCUGCAGGGUUACCGAAAUACCUGGUAUAUUAGUGCCAUGUUUGUGGUGGGAUCCACGCAGGUGUGGAACAACACGGCGAAUAUUUUGCCAAGCAUCAUUGAAGCUGCGAAUCAGUACUAG